GAACAGUCGCAUGCUUUCCGAAAUGUCAAGACGCAAUUUGAAUUUCUACAUCGGCAUGAACAAAACAAACCGCAGUUCCGUCCGUCGGCCACAAUAUCGAGUCGAAUUCCAACGGUUAUUCCUACGCGAGUGAUGAAAAUAGUGUUUUCUGUUCGUUCUUCAUCGAAAUAUCAUUGUCAAUUGUGAUGCAGCAAGUGAGUAAUUAAACUAUGGCCAACGACAGUUUCGAUUUCAACAUAACGAAGUUCCUGGCCGAGCAGAAGCAGCUUCUGGCACUGGAACGGGAACGAUUUGCGGCGGAGAAGAUCAAAAUACUGGAACCGGAAAGUGUGGGGGGCUCGCCCGGGGGCAAAGUGGUUUCGGGGGAACAGCAAGUGCUUAGUCAGGGUGGGAAGGUUCUGAAGAAUAGUUUGAAUUCCCAGCUGAUUCUGGGAGAUAACCGUCAGCAUGGGAAGGAAACGGAAAGUGCAACUGAUAAAGGAGGGCGUAGCCCCGAAGAGGGAAACAAAGAAAAUCAGUCCAGCAAUGCGGAUAAAGGUUCUACGGUGGCCAAAGAGUGUCCGGUGGAAAGAAUGCUCCGGGAAAUUGAGGGUGAUAGUGUAAAAACGGUUCAUACCAAAGAAGUGGCAAGUGGCGCCAAAGAUCUCCGAGGAGGAACCGAGGCGGUAAACACACCGACCAAACUUCGUGACGAAGCGGAAUCCUCGCCGAUGCAACAGGAUGAAAUGGAAAAGUGGGUUUCGGACACAUUCUACUCUUACUUUCCGAGCUUCAACAAGAGUGAGAACGACAAGAAAUCGAUGCUGUCCCGCGCCCGCCAAGCCGAGUACCAAGAGUAUUUGAAAAAUGUAAAUCACUUAGCUAAUGUGAUCCCACAAGUUACCACCAAACACCAGCAAUACAUGGAAAAGUACGGAGAGCACGCCGUCCAAACAGUGACCGAUCAGGGAACCAACACGGCGGCGGAAAAUUCCCCAGCACCACCGGCCACCACCAAGAGCUACCUUAGCCCGGGCGUCCAAGCCAACAGCCCCAGCCAGAUUCCAACCAUCAGAAAAACGAUGGCCAGUGACGCUGAUACCGGUUCGUACGUACGCAAAGGUAGCCCCCGCGAAAAGCACAUGCAAGAUCUGGUCCACACUGACCUCUCUGCCAUUCUCAAUACAGACUCCGUCGAUCGGCGCAACAGGAUGCUUGCGGAAGAGGAAAGUCGUCGCAAGUUGGAGUACCAAAAGGAGCUGAUCAAACAGAUCGAGGAAAAGCGAAAGGAGGUGGAACGACUGCGGGAAAAGGAGAAGCUCGAGGAAGAGAUGCUGACCAGUCGCCUAGAGCAACAAUUGAAAACCAUGCAACUCGAAGAAGAAUUGGAAAGGGAAAAAAUGCGAUCGGAGAAGAUUCGCAUUGCCAACGAACAGAACCACAUCCGCCGCCUGCAGCUGCUGUCCAAGCUGGAAAAUGACCACAAAGUCUUCAACCCGUACGACGACCAAAGAAAAACCCUCUCCGAGAACGGCAAAGAGGUCUACCGGGACCCAGCGCAGCAGAAACCAGAAAAGGAGAAGGUCUACCGCUACUUUAGCAAUUCUGCUCAAAACGAAAAACCUUCCAGCUUUGCAUCGCCCAGUCUCUCUUCGGAGAUGGACUACGACUCUUCCAGUGAAUCCAUGGGCUACGACCGUUACCAGUACUGCAAAAACUGUCGCGCCGACAUCGAUCGAUCUUUUCUUCCGAAAAACGAACGCCACCAGCAUCAUCAUCAUCGGCAUCACCAUCACCACCAUGACACUCCGACCGCGAAGGCGCCCCAAAAAAACGGCAACGACCUCUGCGUCAGUUGCCACAAACGAAUUGACCAACUGUGCGCCAACUGCAAUCGCGUGAUGAAGCGAUCUUCCAAGCGAACUCUUUGCACAAUUUGCUACCAAGCGCUGGAAAACAGCCGCCUUCAGAAAGCUGCCCAAACGGAACUGAAACGGCAACGAGCCAAGCUACUCCGCUCGAUGGAACGACUGGACGAUGAAGACCUAGAACGACCUGCCCCACCCGAAUCUCCACCACCGAAUCCGUACAAAAUCAUCGACAUUCAGUACCACGAAAGCGAAAACGAUCACGACCUCGCCGUCCUCAAUCCGGUGAUCGUACGCAACAACUACAAGAAACCGUACUCGCUAAACAUCGACAAGGACUCGCUCUUCCAUCCCAGCAAUAAAACCCCCGAUCCAAAAGUGUCGGUCAACAUCCGAAACGGGGAAGUAUUCGUCGACAACAAACUCAACGGAACGCCCAAGCUGCAUCAACCGGCGAAAGCCCGCGACGAGGACACCGACGAUCUGACCGACGAAAUGGACGACCGGAUAUCCAAGUACGUGGAGCACUACAACACGCUGUGGAUGAAGCGGGGCACCCGCAAGAACAAUCUCAUCUCGCAGAAGAACGCCAACCUGAUGAUGGCUAGCACGAAGGAGAAUAGUCCUUCUGCAAUGCUAGGGGGCAAGUUGGGACCGCUUCCUACGCUUUCACCGCCCAAAGUGUACGUUAGCGAUCGAGCGGACAAUUUGAAGAGCGAAGCAAUGAAGACCACCGAGAAGAAAUGGGAUAUACCCGCCGUGCAGCGCACAAUGGUAACUCCCCGAUCGCCGCGGGUCCUAACCCAGCUGGGCGCCAUCCGCAAGCAACUGCAACUGGAGCAACUGAAAUUGGAUCAAACUUAUCGCCAUCAUCAGCAGGACAAUGAUUAGCGUUGCAACAAGCGAAUCUCGCCUCCAGAAAAGAACUAUAUCCAAUUUGUGCCUUUUCACUAAGAACAGAAACCGUCCCAGCCUCCAUUUUUAUUAACAAAACUAUCAUAACUGUUAGGCAAUAUCUGUAGACUGUACAACAGUAAGUUAUCUUUUUAGACUUUUGUUACUAAGAAACUGAACAGUGCUAGAGAAUAAAGUUAUCGUUAGAGUCGUUAA